AUGUUGCCCCGCAUCUGCCUUCUACUUGCUAUCGCUUUUGUCAUUUCACAUGGUUCAAGUGUGAAAAACGGAUCAUGUGAAAGUGAGAGAACAACAAAGACCAACACGUACAUGUUUGUCGGCAUGCCACACUUCAGCAGUUCAUCCUACGGCAAUCCCAAUGUUAUGAACGAGGAUAAACCAGUGUGCAAAGUCGAGCCUGACGGAAACGUGUCUGUGACGAUAAGUGGAAAGACAUGUCAGCGAUGGGAUGUCGACUCUCCACAUAGGUCUUAUUACCGGCAAUGGAAGUAUCCUGAGUUGGUGGAGAACUACUGCCGCAACCCAGCCGGGGUUGAGGGCACCAUUUGGUGCUACACAACAGACCCGGACACACGCUGGGAGUACUGCAUCCACCCUGCAUGUCCUUUUGUCUGCAUGGGCAGUUCUGCCGGAUCUGACUAUCGCGGAAACGUUUCUGUGACGAUAAGUGGGAAGACAUGUCAGCGAUGGGAUGUCGAUGUUCCACAUGACCGUUAUCACCUACCGGAGAAUCAUCCUGAGUUGGUGGAGAACUACUGCCGCAACCCAGACGAGGUUGAACCCGGCCUGUGGUGCUACACAACGGACCCUAACACUCGCUGGGAGUUCUGCUGUUCAAGUGUAAAAAACAGAUCAUGUCAAAGUGAGAAAACAACAAAGACCAACACGUACACGUUUGUCGGCAGGCUACACUUCAGCAGUCCUUCCUACGGCGAUCCCAAUGUUAUGAACGUGGAAAAACCAGUCUGCAUGGGCAGUUCUACCGGAUCUGACUAUCGCGGAAACGUUUCGGUGACGAUGAGUGCGAAGACAUGUCAGCGAUGGGAUGUCAACUUUCCUCAUGAGCAUACUUUCCUGCCAGAGGAGUAUCCUGAGUUGGUGGAGAACUACUGCCGCAACCCAGACGAGGUUGAACCCGGCCCAUGGUGCUACACAACGGACCCUAACACCCGAUGGGAGUUCUGCUGCAAUCCUGCAUGA